CCAAGUAAGGGCUUGGGCAGCAGCCAUUGGCCUCCGCUCGCAGAAGACCAGAAAAGUCCUAGAGCAAGGCUUCAGAAGGCAGUGAGUGUAGCCUCCAGUGAGGAGUGUUGCUCUGAUUUCGGAGGCCGGCCAGGGUCACAAACACUGUCCCAACACUUCAAAUUCUUUGCUUCUGCUUGAGCAGAUAACGGCCUGGGGGUUGUGGCCACAGGAUGUGCAGUCCUAAGAACUCAUUGAACAUUUAAGAUGGUAAGGAAGGUCUGUUUAGCUGCUCCGCUCCUCAGCGGAGCACAUCAUAGCCCCUCCUAUCCUGAACGCCCUACCUGAUGGAUGGAGCUUGGGGAACGCUUUCACUUGGAAACUCCACUUAGAAGAAAAGUUGGUCCUAAACCAAGCCUAUCCUGGAGUUUGGAGGCAUAUUCCAGCAAAGGAUUCUACGGCAGUCAGACAGAGAUGCUCCUCCCCCCAUCUGCUACAGCCCCAGCAGUCCUGUGCAGAUUCUAGAAGACCCCACCUACUUCUACCCAGAGUUACAGCUCUAUUCUGGGAGGCAUGAAGCAUCUACUUUGACAGUGGAGGCAAGCGGAGGCCUGAGGGGGAAAAGCGUAGAGGACCCUCUCUCCAGCUUCCACUCCCCGAACUUCUUGAGGACACCAGAGGUGGAAAUGAGAGGUUCUGAGGAUGUAGCAUCUGGAAGAGUGUUACAGCGGCUGAUCCAGGAACAACUGCGCUAUGGUACCCCAACCGAGAACAUGAACCUGCUGGCCAUUCAGCACCAGGCCACAGGGAGUGCAGGGCCAGCCCACACCACCACCACAAACUUUUCUUCCACGGAAACCCUCACUCAAGAAGACCCACAAAUGGUCUAUCAGUCGGCUCGCCAAGAACCGCAGGGUCAAGAGCAUCAGGGAGACAAUACGGUGAUGGAGAAGCAGGUCCGGUCCACACAGCCUCAACAGAACAACGAGGAGCUACCCACGUACGAGGAGGCCAAGGCCCAGUCCCAAUUCUUCAGGGGACAGCAGCAACAGCAGCAGCAACAGCAGCAGCAGCAACAGCAGCAGGGACAGGGGCCCCUCGGUCACACUUACUACAUGGCCGGAGGUACCAGUCAGAAGUCCCGCACUGAGGGGAGGCCCACAGUGAACCGAGCCAACAGUGGACAGGCACAUAAGGAUGAGGCCCUGAAAGAACUAAAGCAGGGCCAUGUCCGGUCCCUCAGUGAGAGGAUCAUGCAGCUGUCGCUGGAGAGGAAUGGGGCUAAGCAACACCUCCCCAGCUCGGGAAACGGAAAGAGCUUCCAAACUGGAGGAGAGCCAUCCCCGGCUCAGCCUGUCUGUAAAGCACUGGACCCUCGUGGCCCUCCACCCGAAUACCCCUUCAAGACCAAGCCAAUGAAAGCCCCAGUCAGCAAGAACCAAGAUCACGGUCUUUACUACAGUGACCAGCACCCUGGGGUGCUCCAUGAGAUGGUCAAACCUUACCCAGCACCUCAGCCUGCAAGAACAGAAGUGGCUGUCCUGAGGUAUCAGCCGCCCCCAGAGUAUGGCGUCACCAGCCGCCCCUGCCAGCUGCCUUUUCCAUCCACGGUGCAGCAGCAUAGCCCCAUGUCCUCUCAGACCUCCUCCAUCAGUGGUCCUCUGCACUCUGUCUCCCUGCCUCUUCCGCUCCCCAUGAGCCUGGCGGCUGCACAGCCCCCACCAGCCUCCCCCAGCCAGCAGCUUGGACCAGAUGCCUUUGCGAUUGUGGAGCGAGCCCAGCAAAUGGUAGAGAUCCUCACAGAGGAGAACCGUGUGCUUCACCAGGAGCUUCAGGGCUGCUAUGACAAUGCCGACAAGCUCCACAAGUUUGAAAAAGAGCUGCAGAGUAUCUCGGAGGCCUAUGAGAGCCUGGUCAAGUCCACCACCAAGCGGGAGUCCCUGGACAAGGCCAUGAGAAACAAGCUCGAAGGCGAGAUAAGGAGACUUCAUGACUUCAACAGAGAUCUCCGAGAUCGACUGGAGACGGCCAACAGGCAGCUGUCCAGCAGGGAAUAUGAUGGGCAUGAAGACAAAGCUGCAGAGAGCCAUUACAUUACCCAGAACAAAGAAUUCUUGAAGGAAAAGGAAAAAUUGGAAAUGGAGUUGGCAGCAGUGCGGACGGCGAGUGAGGACCAUCGGAGGCAUAUCGAGAUCCUGGACCAGGCUUUGAGCAAUGCCCAGGCCAGAGUGAUCAAGCUGGAAGAAGAGUUACGAGAGAAACAAGCCUACGUGGAGAAGGUGGAGAAGCUGCAGCAGGCCCUGACCCAGCUGCAGUCAGCAUGCGAGAAGCGAGGGCAGAUGGAGCGCAGGUUACGGACCUGGCUGGAGAGGGAGCUGGAUGCUCUGAGGACACAGCAGAAGCACGGCAAUGGCCCGCCAGUUGGUCUCCCGGAAUGUAACGCCCCUGCCCUCAUGGAGCUGGUGCGGGAGAAGGAGGAGCGGAUCCUCGCCCUGGAGGCCGACAUGACCAAGUGGGAGCAGAAGUACCUGGAAGAGAGCACCAUCCGGCACUUUGCCAUGAGCGCAGCGGCCGCUGCCACAGCCGAAAGGGACACCACCAUCAGCAAUCACUCGAGGAAUGGCAGCUAUGGGGAGAGCUCCCUGGAGGCCCACAUCUGGCCAGAGGAAGAGGAGGUGGUGCAGGCCAACAGGAGGUGUCAGGACAUGGAGUACACUAUUAAGAACCUCCAUGCCAAAAUCAUAGAGAAGGAUGCCAUGAUAAAAGUCCUGCAGCAGCGAUCCCGUAAGGAUGCUGGGAAGACGGACUCUUCCAGCCUGAGGCCUGCCCGCUCUGUCCCGUCCAUUGCUGCAGCUACCGGGACACAUUCCCGCCAGACCUCCCUUACCAGCAGCCAGCUGACAGAAGAAAAGAAGGAAGAGAAGACCUGGAAGGGGAGUAUAGGGCUCCUGCUAGGGAAAGAGCCCCAGGGACAGGCGUCUGCCCCUCUGCUGCCGACCACACCUGCCUCCGCACUGUCCCCUCCGGCCUCCGGCGCAUCGGCCAGCAGCACCCACGCCAAGACGGGCAGCAAGGACAGCAGCACACAGACGGACAAGAGCACUGAGCUCUUCUGGCCCAGCAUGGCUUCCCUCCCCAGCCGCGGCAGGCUGAGCACGGCACCUUCCAACAGCCCCAUCCUGAAACAUCCAGCUGCCAAAGGAACCGUGGAGAAACAGGAGAACUCUCCUGGUCAUGGGAAGUCAUCAGACCACAGAGGCCGAGUCAGCAGCUUGUUGCAUAAGCCUGAGUUCCCGGAUGGCGAGAUGAUGGAGGUGCUCAUCUAACAUCAUCCUGUGGAGUUUGCCAGCAUGCUGACAGAGGAGAACAGAGGCUGAAAGAAGAGAUCCAGAUGGGCAGUUGUGCUAGCAACUGCAAAACCAGAACAGGUGUGGACAUGUCACAAUGUUACCAAAACAGCUGGCUCUCGUGUCUACAGACAGUGAGAGAGGACACAUGCAGGCUUGGAAGCAGAGUUGAGAAGGAGAAGGAGUGGAAUUUUCCAUUGUAGAGAAAUUGUAUGUCUUAGGGAGGCUCUAUGCUUCCCCCAGUCUUGGCUUAUAAACAGAUGAAGAAGAGCUGGGUCUUCCUUGGGAUCACCUCGUUCCCUUUGCCUCUUAGCAGGUUUGGUUUAAGAAGAAUCUGCUAGAAAUCCUGAAAGCCCAUCUCGGCAUAAUGUAGUGUGUGUGUGUGUGUGUGUGUGUGUGUGUGUGUGUGUGUGUGUGUGUGUCCUUAGCAAAUUCAUCCAGUAUAAUGGGGAAUUCCACGUGCAAGUUUUGUCACCUUCUUGGCUAUUUCGUUUGUGGUUUGUGGUUUCAGUGAGUGUGAAGCUUGACUUGUUUGGAUUGAAUGGUAUUUUCUGAGUAGGAUGUGAGCAAGAAGCCCUUAGCCCUCAUCCACCCUAACUGCUUUGAGUUUAUCUGUCUCAUCUCUACUUAUUAUUUUGUUGUUGUAUUUUUUUUUUUCUGUUUAAUGAGACAUAGCAGAGUUCCUUAUGUAUGGGAUUUAGGAGACUACCAUCCUUGCUGUGGUGUCCAAAUGGACAGAGCCUCGUGUUGGCACUCUAGCUGCUCGCCCUACCUUUGCUUAGCAGAACUGCAGCUGUCAGUCUUACUGUGAGCUAGGGAAACCUGGCUGAGGAGUCCAGGAGUCGCCGACAUAACACAGAGCCUAUGAUGUGCCUCUCACUCACAUCCACUUUCUUGCAAGGAACUUGACAAUUACACCCCAUCACCCUGUAGGGAAGACUUCCUUGUGAGCAGGUGCCACAGGAACCCCCUGAUGGCUUACACAGAACUCUCUAGGUAGCAUCGAAGGUCUCAGCAGGCAUCUCCAGCCACUUUCUUGUAUUUGAAGCUCUCAGGUCUGUUGUUGCUCUCCCCUGCCCCAUUCUUCCCUGGUUGCUGUUGAUAAGCACAGUGCCAUCCCUUAUCAAUUCUUUUUUUCCUGUGAAUUUGCUUCAUAACCCAUCAGACUGGUAGACACUCAGCACGGUCAGUGUCACACAAGGGACACGACUUACCUGAAGAGAGGCAGCAAUAUCAUGGAAAUGAGCCCCUGUGAGCAAGAGGCAGGGACCCGAGGCUGCUGCCACAAGCUCUCAUGUCCAUUGCUGUGGACCCAGGAGAACCUUCCCGGGGCACAGGUGGGUCCUUCAGGCUCCUGAGCUAUGUCUAGAUCAGUAGGAUUUGUUUUCCAAGUCCCCUUCCUCAUCACUCAAUCCUUAUUUGCUCAAGAGAAAAAGGAAAAGUGGUAAGUCUGUGACUUCAAGUUCCUCUUAAAUGCAGUACUGAAGGUAGCUUGGCUCAGAGAGCUCUGCCUGGGUCAUGUGUCUUAGGACUUGUCUCUAGAGGAGACUGUGGCCUCCCUAGGUUGAGGUGGUACAUAUAUUGUGAGAGGUGUAUCCUGGAGAACAGAGAAGUGGGGAGGUGAGAGAGCAGUGGUGUUUCCCUGCAGGACCCUGGGCCAUCUGACAAGACAGAGGAUGUGAGACUGGCCUCCCCACGCUCCACUUGGCAGUGGGAACCUGGCUUGGAGACACCCACCCCCUCCUUACGUCUUCUCUCAGAUCUUGCAGCCCGAGUACUGAGCUUGCCCUGUGCCCUGUGGGGAAGGGGGUGAGAAGACAGCAAAAGAGGUCUUUCAAGUUGAGAUGGGCCUGGAAGAUGGAAGCAGGUGAGUGUAGGGACCAUUGUGGAUAGGGCGUGUUGUUCAGUUGAUGGCAACUAAUUCUCUUAAGAGCAUAUUGUCUCCUAUUAAAGUUGGGGACAAACCCAGAAAGGGAAGGGUGCAGAGGUGGUAGUUAGUGACCUCUUCUAGUCCCAAGGCCAUGUCUGAGCCACCCCAAACUUAGGCUGUCUCCCAGCAUAGGAGUGAGGCACUGUCCAGUUUACUCAAAUUCUAGUGUACGUGUUCUAGACACAUUGCACACUUGGGCAGAAAGUCUCCUGUUCCAGCCCCACACCCCUGCACUGUCUGCAUGUUUCCGUUGUCUGAAAACAAAGGGGACACAGACCAGGGCUUCAACUGCAUGUGAACUGUGGCUUUUGUCCAAGAGUCCAUGUUGAGAGAAAGAGAGAGGCUGUGGCUUUAAGGUGGAGGCCCUUCAGUCUUCUGUCCUUGUAAUUCUCCUGAAGGAUGCAGGACAAGGGAGCCCCAGGCACUCAGAAGCCAUGCUGUGCUCUGGGGAGUUCGUGGGAUCUGAGACACUGAGAACAACAAUACUACAUAGAUGUUUGGGUACAAUUGGUGUACCUGUUGAAUGGCCCUCAGAGCACCAGAGAAACGAGGCCAGAUUCGCCCUCCUAGUCUCUCAGAUGCAGAAGCUGGACCCAGGAGGUGUGCAGCCCGUCUCCAAGCUUCACCCCAGAUGCUAGACCUUAAGGCAAAGACUCAGAAGAGGAGUCUCAGUCACAGGGUGCAUGGCCUUGAACGUGAUGUGCAACGCUGUGCCUGGUGCUCCAUGGCCCAACUUGGGAUCCGUGUGUGCCCACAGGGAAGCUGCCACACCUCUCGGGGCCUGAAAACAGGACUAACACCAAACCUCAUAUAACUAACCACACCACUGCCAUCCACAGGCGUCGGUGGAAGUCUUCAUGUUCUGUUAUAAGCACAACUACAAAGCAGAUUAAAAAAAAAAAAGUCCUUCCUCCUAGCGCAAAGGCUUGUCUUCAUAUCUCUUGGAGCAUUUGAUCAUAGAACUUGAGGGUCUUAUCUCAGGAUAAAAGUUAAAUAAAGGCUGUGGCUUUUAGUGGUGUUGAUCAGCAUCCUGCUUUGUCCUUGAGUGAACGGUGUGGUGAUGUCUGCAUACUUCUAGGUGUUAUGUGGGACAUGAGAACUACCGAGAUCACGUCUCUGUCCCUGUGGUUUCAGUAAGUAGAUCCUUCUCUAUGUAAGCAGUGUUCCUGUCUGGAGGUUCAUAGCACUAAGCUGCCAAGAAAAACACAUUCAUUUGCAGCGACUUAAGAGUGUGUGCCGAACACUUGGCCUUGUUCUUUGUUUCUCAGAAGCUGGUGACCAGCGACCGUGGAGUGUUCAGCAAGUCCCCACCAUGCCUGCAGGGUGGGGCUGCUCCCUUCCACACCCAGCUUUCCUUAGGGGUGAACACAAGGAGUGGUGGGACCAGUGUUGGGGCUUGAGCUUUUGCUGUGAGUAGACUUAGAGGCAGUUGUCUCACGAGUGAAUUCUGGCCUCGGUACAGAGAAUUCAGUGGUUCUGACACUCUAGGAAAGAGACUCUGGUCUUCCCUGCGGAGAGGCUCUGUCCUGCUUGGCCCCAGCCACCCACACACAUUUCAUAAAGUGGCUGAAGCUCCUCCCUUCCAAGAGCUGGCGUGCAGCCUGCAGAGUCCCAAAGACUUGUGUGAGCAGGCAGAUAAAGCUGACCUGGGGGACAGAGGAGAUGACCGUGACACAAGGUGUUUCCAGGCAGGCCUUUGUAUGUAGGCUGCAGAGAGCUGUCCUGAGUGGGUGGUUGUGUUGUUUGAACACAUGGUGCCUUCUUUGUCUACGCUGGAGCGAACAGGGUAUGUUUCUCUGUGUUCUUCGGGUGAGCUCACAUCCCCUUUAAUUAAGCAAAGGGGUCUUAUGGAUGUUGGAGGCAAGGUCUGAUAAACACUCAUAAAUGGUGGUGCUAGAGACAAGCCAGACCCCUGUAACUUCCCAAAAAGCUGAGUCAGCCGCUAAGUAUACAUACAUAUUGGCUUUCUUCUAUUUUUUUUUUCUAGAUAAUCAGUGUGAUUUAAAUGUCUUUCGUUGAUGUGAGGGCCUUUUAAAAGGCAUUUGCUUGUGGUGCGGCUAUGUAAUAAGAAACCUCAGAAGCCAGUCAUGGGGGGUGGGGCACCCAGGCCAGCAUUUCAGUGGAUCUCUUCUGGAAUUGGUAAGCAGUAUUUUUCCCUCUUCUCAGCAGUAUGCCUAUUCUCAUGUAGUAAUUGAAUGAUAUAUUACAUUAUAUGUAAGUGCAUACAUAUAAAGUAGAAUUUCUUUUCUCAAUAUCAAAAAAAAAAAA